AUGUUUCCUAUUAAAUUAACACCAAUACUAACUGAAGAUGACGAAGAUGCAUUCCAAUCAGAGGAGUCAGAGGAAGAUGAAGAUGAAUCUGAGAAUGACAAUGACCUCAAGACCAUCAAAGGAGACAUCUCCUCAACCCAUCAACCCAAACGAUCUGUAGCUCAAAUGAUGAAAGAUAAGAAGAAACAAACCUCAUUAACAUUACACUGGUUGGAGGAGAACUAUUGCAUGUGUGAAGGCGUGUGUCUGCCUCGUUGUAUUCUCUACGCACAUUAUCUGGACUUCUGUAGAAAGGAAAACCUAGAACCAGCUUGUGCAGCUACAUUUGGCAAGACGAUUCGCCAGAAGUUUCCCCAUCUUACAACGAGACGUCUUGGAACACGUGGUCAUUCAAAAUAUCAUUAUUACGGCAUUGGGAUUAAAGAGACAAGCGCUUACUACCAUUCCGUGUACUCCGGUAAAGGACUCACAAGGUUCUCCGGUGCAAGACUCAAUAAUGAGGGUGGUUUCACACGGAAGUACUCACUUGCCUCAAAGACUGGUACAUUAUUACCCGAGUUCCCGACUGCAGUAUCUCUUGUCUUACCCUACAACAUCCCAAAAGACAAGGUGGAGACGCUGCUCAUGAUGUACAAGACACACUGUCAAUGUAUUCUAGAUACAAUCAUCAACUCUAACUUUGACGAGAUCCAGAAUUUUCUUUUGCAUUUUUGGCAAGGAAUGCCUGAUCACUUGUUACCGCUGUUAGACAGUUCGGUAAUCAUUGAUAUGAUAUGUAUCUGUGAUUCCAUCUUGUACAAGACCACGGUGGAGAUCCUCAUUCCAGCCUCCAUGCAGGAGAUGCCAGAAGGUCUUCUUGCAGAUAUACGAAAGUUUGCCAAGCAUUGGGAGCAGUGGUUAAGUUCCUCAUUAGAGCAUCUACCAGAGUGUGUUAGCCAGUGUAAGCUGCCUGUUGCAAGACGUUUUGUUCAGUCACUCAGAAGACAAACAUCUUUCCUCCACUUGGCUCAGACAUCCCGCCCAGUGCUGUUUGAUCAGCAGCUGAUUGAUCAGAUGAUUGCCGAUCUAGAUAAAGUGGAUUUGAACAGCAUUGGAUCCCAGGCACUACUCACUGCUAAUACCGAUGAGUCUGAUAUGGAACUCAAUGCUGAAUUUUUGAAGGAGUUCAAGGAGUUACUGAAGAAGCAAGCUACAGUAGAAGCCUUUACAGAAUGGCUGGACCAAGUCGUAGAAAGCAAAGUUAUUAAGCCUGGUAAACAGAAUGGGAGAUCCAUGAAGAAACGAGCCCAAGACUUCCUGCUCAAAUGGUCUUUCUUUGGAGCUCGUGUCAUGCACAACUUGACUCUCAACAAUGCCCAGAGUUUUGCUUCAUUUCAUCUGAUUCGGAUGCUGUUGGAUGAGUACAUUCUUUUAGCCGUGGAGCAACAAUUUAAUACUGAGAAGGAUAAUGAGCUACAGAACCGAUUAGAGAAACACAUGAAGGUUGCUGAUCCAAACAAUCCUCAGAGACCCUUAUCCAAUCAGCCAGGUACAUGCUUCUUGGCCAACAGGAACAUGUCUCGUACAACCCAAGGCUACCCUGAUCAAUCAGUCAAACGAGAAGACUAUACAGAGCGCUUUGUACCAGGAACCUAUCCAGGACAUACUGUCAUUACAUCAGCAGAGAAGGAUUCCUACAGUAUACCAGGACAUUAUGGUACCCAGCCCUCUAUGCCAAGCCCCGGUAGUGCGGCAAGAAGUAAUGCCAUGCUCACUCCUCCUAUAUCACCAAUUGUUGUCAAUCCAAUGCGCAACUCGGUCAUCAAUCAGGGUCAUGUGACAUCCCGCAAUCCACCCGCUCCAGCUGCUUUAGUUCCUCCAGCAAUGCAUCAUGGGGCUUAUCCAUAUCUGAGCCAUGUUGGACAGAAUCAAGAUCCUUACUCAUCGAGUCGAUCCCAGAGCUACCUUGGACCCUAUCAGGGUAGUGGUUGUUACCCACCAGCCAUGUUUCAUUCUAAUUAUGCCCCUACAGCCUACCAUACUAAGAACGAUGUGGAGCCUACACCUCCCUAUCCUUACAUGGAACCCCAGUAUCGUGAUGAAAGUUAUUACACUAGUUGUGCUAUGGGAUCAAGUCAUCAUGUUGAAGGAGGUGUUAUACAGUCAACCGGUUCUGUGCAUGGUAGCAGUGCUUUCAAUGUAGUUGGUAGUAUACCAUCUACAUAUGCCUUCACCAAUGGAUAUCAAAAUGGAGGAUAUUACUCUCAAGGUGCAUACACACACAGCAAUCCCAACCACAACAAAGACGUGGAACAUGUGUCAGUCAUUAGUAGUGUACAUGGUCCUCGAUCUCAAUCAGACAUCAAUCCUACACAGUUCAAUGAGAUUAAUGAUCCACUCAAUAUCUUGGACCGUCCACCAGGACUUGGUCCACCAGGACUUGGUCCACCAGGACUUGGUCCACCAGGACUUGGUCCACCAGGACUUGGUCCACCAGGAAUUGGACAACCAGGCAAGGAUGCACAUCUGUUUGGGGGUACUAGUCAGGCUACGUGCCAUAUUCCAACCGUAGUUUCUCAAUCUUCACAGUCGUCAUCAUGUAACGGACCACAACGACAAAAUGAAGGAUUGCUUGGUCAGACAGACUACCUUCCAGUCAGUGGAGUCAGCAUGUACCAUGAUUCCACAGGGGAGAUGAGACAUUUAGGGUCCAAUCAACAUAAUACAACACAUCACCCUCAGUCUACUGGCACCCCUAUUGUGAGUAAUGAACAGGGAUCGUCUCUUCCACCAAUCAACACUGUAUUUAAUAUAGAUGGCUAGUAAACCUGCAAAUAUAUGAAUGAAAGUUCUUGGUGAAGUGCUCUUUGAAUCUAUCCUGGAUUUUGUGAUGCCAAAUAAAAGGCUAGGACAUGUAAAUGCCUUUCUGUAUAUAUUACGUAAAUCUCAUUAGAAUGAUACUCUCAUAUGACCUUUUAUAAGUAAAAGGAUUCAAACAUUUGUGGUAAACAUAAUGGUCACAUGACCAACAUGUGACUGUUUCACAUAGAGACAAAACAAACCCAAAUCAUGUGACUGUUUCACAUAGAGACAAAACAAACCCAAAUCAUGUGACUGUUUCACAUAGAGACAAAACAAACCCAAAUCAUGUGACUGUUUCACAUAUGGACAAAACAAACCCAAAUCAUGUGACUGUUUCACAUAAAGACAAAACAAACCCAAAUCAUGUGACUGUUUCACAUAGAGACAAAACAAACCCAAAUCAUGUGACUGUUUCACAUAGAGACAAAACAAACCCAAAUCAUGUGACUGUUUCACAUAGAGACAAAACAAACCCAAAUCAUGUGUAACUAGAAGCUGUUGAUUGGAUGUUAUUUUGUAUUCGCAAACGACCAGUGUUGUACAAGUAAACAUAUUUUGAAAUGCAAUAAAUAUAUAAUAUAAUGCGCAAAUCAAUUUAAAUAUUAAAACUUCAGUCGCUUGGACUCACCAUCAACACACCUGGAAAAUUUUGAUCCAAAAGAAGUACACAUCAUACAUUUAUACAGUAUUUCAUUUGCAUUAGUUACGCUAAUGCAGUGUGCCAACAUUUCAUUUUAAAUCGGGAAUAACAGUCGAGGACUCUGUCUUCACUGCGUGGUACCCGUCGCAAGUUGGUGGCUGGCACUGCUAAUGGACCUCACCUCCGACUCGGUCCUUUAUAACUCAUUAACACAUCCCAUGUGAUUGAGUUUUUACCAAUCACGUCUGGAAAUAAUUGUCCAAGGUAUUUAUUAAUUACACUUAUUUCAUCCAGCUUUUCAUACAAACCUUUAUUUUAUUCAUGACUAGAUUUAUCAGUCAUUCUGUGCACAAUAUGGAUGUUCUUCUUAUCUAAUUUGAAAUUAAUUAAAAUCAAAUUCAGUUGCUGUCACACAGCAAAAAGUGUGUUUCUGACCAAAGGAAUUAUUUUGACAAAUGGUAGUGGAGUCCAUAAAAUCUGUUUAACAUUCUAUUCAACAUCAUAACAAACUUGUGUUGCACAUUUCAGGCACAACAGGAUAGAUGAAUUAUUAAAAUGAAAUUGAGACCGCACACCUUCUUGUUAAAAUUUGCAUUCCUGUUGGAAUUAAAAUCUUUAAUUCUAUCAAUGACUCUUUUCAGACUUUUUUUUAGUAGUUGCAUUGAACAAAUUCUGUUGGUUAAUUCUGAACUGUUUGCUUGAAACCAAAUUGUAAUUACAGCUCGCAAAAAGAUAUAAAAUGAUAGGGUUACUACAACUUCAUAUACAGACCUUGAAUUGCAUGCAUGCCACAGAGGCAAUGAUGGCCCUCAGUCUUGGCCCUGGUGCACCGUACACUUUAACAUUGUCUAAUGGAAGUAAAGUGCCCUUUGCAAAAAAAUAGAUUGCCUUGCCCUCUCCAGGCCUGCAUGCUACAACAUUUAAGAUUGCCUUGCCCUCUCCAGGGCUGCAUGCUACAACAUUUAAGAUUGCCUUGCCCUCUCCAGGCCUGCAUGCUACAACAUUUAAGAUGGCCUUGCCCUCUCCAGGCCUGCAUGCUACAACAUUUAAGAUGGCCUUGCCCUCUCCAGGCCUGCAUGCUACAACAUUUAAGAUGGCCUUGCCCUCUCCAGGCCUGCAUGCUACAACAUUUAAGAUGGCCUUGCCCUCUCCAGGCCUGCAUGCUACAACAUUUAAGAUGGCCUUGCCCUCUCCAGGCCUGCAUGCUACAACAUUUAAGAUGGCCUUGCCCUCUCCAGGCCUGCAUGCUACAACAUUUAAGAUGGCCUUGCCCUCUCCAGGCCUGCAUGCUACAACAUUUAAGAUGGCCUUGCCCUCUCCAGGCCUGCAUGCUACAACAUUUAAGAUGGCCUUGCCCUCUCCAGGCCUGCAUGCUACAACAUUUAAGAUACAUGUACAUGUAGGCCUACUCCUGCUCAGGUCUCCAAGAUAAUAAUGUGUUAAUUGUAAAGGGAUGUAAAUAUGUACAUUGUAAGACUAGGUUCGGAUUUCAGAACAUGUGGUUUAUCAGAGAUUUGGAGGCUUGUACCCUCUAAAACAGACCAUUCAUUUUUGUACAUCAUCAAUGCAUUCAGACACAAUAAUAAUUUAUUUGCAGUACAACUGUACAAUGUAUGUCUGUAAAAAUGAUACAAAACAAAUCUGGGUUUCAAUUUGAAAAAAAAAACCAAGCAGAAUGUUACAUAUAAGACAUACUCAGGAGUCAAUUCUGGACAUGCCUUCACUGUGACCUUUGUGGUUGAGACAAUACAUCUCUACAUCAAAGCUUAUCUCUGCUAUCAGAAUGUAUGACCUGUAAUUUUAUGUAAGCGGAUUGCAGCUGAUGUGGGAUUCAAAUGGUUACCACAACAGUUUAAAAAUUCAAUAUAAUUUAAUUUUAAACAAAUCAAUUGUACAUAUAAAAUAAAAAAUGUAAAAAAACUGAUUUAAAAACUCCGUCCAAAGUUCUUUAUUGUCAAGACUGUUAUUUUUAAGUUAAGUUAUCAUAAUGUACAUGUAUUUAGUUCCUUUCAUGUAAUAAUGUUACUGUAUAUUGUAUUGAAAUGUUUAUGAAUCCAAUAAAGAGAAUAACCUUGAUGACAUACAUGUAAUGUGUGUUUGUUUUAUCUAGUUGGGUAACAUGUUUGCAUGGUGUUUCUAUUCUACCUCUGUAAACCCCAGUUCCAAUCCUGCAUCAAACCUCACAAAAAGAAAGCCCCUGGCGAGGAAAACGGAUACAGUGCUUGGCAAUUUUGAGGGUCUCUUGAUUGCAUGACAUUAUGAGUUAUCACACAAGUUUCUCGUUACCAAGGAAGUUUUUAAGCUAAUUAUAUUUUUAGUAACUACCAAACGUGUCCAGCCGUCGAUUUCA